AUGAAAAACCGGUCGGCGCUGCCGUGGAUUGCCGUCGGAUUGACGUUUCUUCUCCUCGCGGACUGCAAAAAGUCCGACCCAUAUAAGGUUUUGGGGGUUGAUAGGAGUGCAAGCCAGCGUGAAAUUCAGAAAGCCUUUCACAAGCUAUCACUACAAUACCAUCCUGACAAGAACAAAAAUAAGGGUGCACAAGAAAAAUUUGCGGAAAUUAAUAACGCAUAUGACAUAUUAUCUGAUGAACAGAAGAGGAAGAAUUAUGAUCUCUAUGGUGAUGAAAAGGGUACCCCUGGUUUUGGAGCCGGCGAUCCUGGAAAUGAAGGCGGAUACAGAAGCUACUUCACCAGUGGGGGAUCAGGACAAAGUGGGUUUAAUUUCAGGCCAGGUGACUGGCAGAAUAUGGGCGGGCAAGACGGCUCAAGAUCGUUCUCGUUUUCUUUUGGAGGUCCUGCUUCGGGCAAGCAAAGCUCGUUUGGUUUUGGCUUUGAUGAUAUCUUCUCCAACUUUUUCGGUGGUGGUGGUGAUGCUGGUGGUACGAGGGGAAACGGUGGUAAAUUUUUUGGUUCACACGGCUCGAGCAGGUCCCAGUAUGGAAAUAGGCACUCCUCUAAUAGCAUACCAUCUGUAAAUUCUCAUAUAUAUAAGAAAGAAGUAGUUGAUGGUGGGAUGACGUGGCUAUUAUUAGUUUACACACCCAAUCUCCAAGGGGUCGAAUAUUAUGAAUCUGUUGCAGAGGAAGUUGCCACCUCACUUCAUGGAGCAUUGAAGGUAGGGACCUUAAACUGUGAAUCCGAAAAGUCCUUAUGCAAGGAGCUUGGGGUGUAUCCUCGAAGAGAACCGAGAUUCUAUAUUUACUCACUUGGGUCUAGUGGAAAAGGUUUGUUGGUAGAAUAUGAUGGUGGUUUGGAAGUAAAAUCUCUGAAAAGCUUUUCUCAGGAGCAUCUUCCCAGAAUCUCGAAGCGUGUGAAUUUGAAUAAUUUAAAAGUUGCAUCUGAGGGUGGGAGUCUACCCAAAGUGUUGCUCUUGUCCACGAAGAAAAACACUCCCGUUAUUUGGCGUACACUAAGUGGCUUGUAUCACAAGCGUUUUAUCUUCUAUGAUACUGAGGUUCGUGAUGUUUCAGACUCCUCUGUGAGGGAAUUAGACAUUGAUUCACUUCCUGCUAUCAUUGGUUGGCUAUCAAGCGGGGAGAAGCAAGUUAUCAAAUCCGGCAUUUCUGUAAAAGAUAUGAAUUCUGCAAUUCAAGAUCUCAGCAAAUUACUCGACAAUUUUGAGAAGAAGAAUAAGAAGGCGGCUUCCAAAAAAGAUCAAACCGAGUCGGGAGAGAGGAAUAUACCGCUGCUUACAGCAUCAAAUUUUAACGAUAUUUGUGAUGAGAAAGUACCCGUCUGUUUAAUUGGGGUCUUCAGGUCAUCGAUAACAAAGGACAAGCUACAGAAGAUAUUGCAAUCUGUGUCCCAAAAAUCAUUUUCUAGGCGGCUGAGUUCGAACUCAGGACCAAGAGACUCGGUUGCCUAUGCUCUAUUGGAUGCUUCAAAGCACCAAUCAUUUCUAAAUACAUUUGACAAGUCGGGAUUCAAGUCAGGAUUCAAGUCAGCAGAUAUGCUCUUGUUGGCCUACAAACCAAAGAGAGGAACAUAUGCUACGUCUCGUGAAAAAAUAACCGAAGAAACAGCCGAGAGGUUCAUUAGCUCGGUACUCAAUGGCGACGUACAAUUUUCAAAGACUAGACAGAAACCGAACCUGAAAUAA